AUGCCUCUCGCCGUCGGACAGUCCGCCCUCAAGGGGGAAGUCGAGGUUGCGCAGGCCGAGAUCCCUCAGCUUGAGGAGGUCAAAUGGUGGCGUGAACCUGGUCUCCGAAGACUGUACUUCUGGGCCUCCGUUCUUUGCGUUGCGUCUGCAACUACUGGUUACGAUGGAAUGAUGCUUAAUACUUCCCAGAACCUGGAUUCAUGGCAAAACUUCUUCAAUACCCCUUCCGGAUCCAAGCUGGGCUUGAUGAACGCCAUUUACCAAAUUGGUAGUUUGGCCAGUUUCCCAUUCGUUCCCUUCAUGGCCGAUCGCUGGGGACGCAAGCUCCCUAUCAUCAUUGGAUGUCUGCUGAUGAUUCUGGGUGGAUUCCUUGGCGCAUUCUGCAAGGACUAUGGAAUGUACGUCGCCGGUCGGCUAUUCCUCGGUUUCGGCAACAGUCUGGCCCAGAUGGCCUCCCCGGUUCUUCUCACGGAGAUCUGCCAUCCCCAGCACCGUGGCAAGGUCACUACCAUCUAUAACUGCCUGUGGAACCUUGGCGCGCUAGUUGUCGCAUGGAUCGCAUGGGGCACGAUGUACAUUAACAACGAUUGGUCCUGGAGGAGCUUGACUAUACUCCAGGUUUUCCCCGCUGUGAUCCAGAUCGCUCUCAUUUGGUGGGUCCCGGAGUCUCCUCGUUGGCUGGUGUCCAAGGAGCGAUAUGAUGAAGCCCUCCAAACCCUGGCCUACUACCACGGCAACGGUGAUGAGCACAACGCGACCGUUCAAUUCGAGUACCGCGAAAUCAAGGAGACUAUCCGCCUGGAGAUGACUUAUCAGAAGAACAGCAGUUAUCUGGACUUCAUGAGGACCCGGGGUAACCGCUAUCGUCUGGCUCUCCUGGUUUCCCUGGGAAUCAUCUCGCAGUAUAGUGGCAAUGCUUUGUUCAGCAACUACACCAGCUUGAUCUAUAACAGCAUGGGUAUUACUGAGCAGACCAAGAAGAUUCCGCUGAACGGUGGUCAAACCUUGUUGAGUCUGGUGGUUAGUGUCAGCAGUGCAUUCUUCGUUGACCGAGUUGGACGACGACCUCUCUUCCUGAUUUCCACCGUGGGCAUGGUCCUCAUGUUCCUUGCGUGGACCGUCACUUCCUCUGUAUAUGAAAGGACCCAAGAUGUCAAGACCUCCGGUUAUCCCCAGGUUGCCUUCGUUUGGCUGUUCUCCGUCUUCUACUCCAUCGCGUGGUCUGGACUGCUGGUCGCCUAUUCGCUCGAGAUCCUACCGUAUCGACUGCGUGCCAAGGGUAUCAUGAUUAUGAACCUGACUGUCCAAGCCUCUUUGGUUCUUGGAAACUAUACCAACCCGAUCGCAUGGGAGAAUCUGCCCCACCACUGGAACCUGUCACUCAUCUAUACGAUUUGGAUCUUUGUUGAGUUGCUUUUCGUGUAUUUCUUCUAUGUCGAGACUCGGGGACCUACUCUUGAAGAGCUGGCCAAAAUCUUCGACGGCGACGAUGCAGCUGUGGCCCAUGUUGAUUUGCAUGAGGUUGAAAAAGAUAUCCAGGCUAGUGGAAAUGCCACCCAUCACGAGAGAGCUUGA